GAAGGAUUUUCCCCCUUGGUAAUCCAACUUGGUUUGUUUCUCAAUAUUUUCUUUCUGAUUUGCUUAUUUUUCUUGCCUUUUUUUUUUUGGAUUAGAUAGAUAAUAAAAGUUCAAAUCUUUGUAUCUUGAAGAAAUGUCAUAUCUGUUAUCAACUACAAUAGUCAAGCUGAUACCCAAGCUCCAUUACAACAAUAGAAGAGCUAUACUGAACUGUCCUGAAACAACAGAUUGUUUCUUCUCUGGAUUGGGUAACGGGAAGAACAAACAAAAUAGAGUUUCAACUAUUGGUUUAGCUGUAAAGAACCAGGAUUUUCAUCGAACUAUAGAGAAAUUUCAUGGCAAAAUCUCACGUAAAAAGGGAAAGAAUCCGGUUUUGAGUGAGGGGAGAGAUGAGGAUGAGAAUUAUGGGCCUGUUUGCCCUGGUUGUGGAGUUUUUAUGCAAGAUAAAGACCCAAAUCUUCCGGGGUAUUAUCAGAAAAGGAAGGUUGUUGAUAGGGAACUAGUGGAGAAUGAGAAUAUAGAGGAUAUGGAGGAGUAUGUUGAGGAUGAACUCGAAGGGUUGGAAGAUGAUGUUGAAGAAGAAGAAGAUUUUGUGGAUGAAAUUGAGGGGAAUUUUGAGGGAAGUGGUACAGAAGAAGAUAAUUUGGGAAAGAGGGACGAGUUUGAUUGGGAUUCUGAUGAAUGGGAAGCUAAGUUUAUAGAAGAAGAGGAUGAUGUAGAGUUUGAUGGUUUUGCCCCUGCAAGUGUUGGGUAUGGUAACAUUACGGAGGAGACUAUGGAGAAUGGUAAAAGGAAGAGAUUGUCAAAAGCAGAAAGGAAGAAGCUGACUCGGGAAGCAAAGAAAGAGAAAGAAACGGUCACCGUAUGCGCACGGUGCCAUUCUUUGAGGAAUUAUGGGCAGGUGAAGAACCAAUCUGUAGAACUUGAUCCCCGAUUUUGAUUCGAUAGACUAAUUGCAACUAGGUUGAUAAAGCCAACUGGGAAUGCUGAUGCUACUGUUGUUGUUAUGGUUGUUGAUUGUGUUGAUUUUGAUGGCUCCUUCCCGAAACAAGCUGCAAAGUCAUUGUUUAAGUUGUUGGAGAAGGCCCAAAGUGACUCCAAACUUUCCAAAAAGUUGCCAAGACUUGUUCUUGUGGCUACAAAAGUUGACCUUCUCCCCUCACAAAUCUCACCUACUAGAUUAGAUAGGUGGGUUAGGCACAGAGCUAAGGCUGCAGGGGCGCCGAAGCUUAAUGGGUAUUUGGUUAGCUCCCGUAAGGAUUUGGGUGUAAAGAAUUUGUUGGCCUUCGUUAAGGAGUUAGCAGGUCCUCGAGGAAAUGUGUGGGUUAUUGGGGCUCAAAAUGCGGGAAAGUCUACUCUUAUCAAUGCAUUUGCAAAGAGGGAAAAGACAAAUAUAACAAGACUUACAGAAGCUCCUGUUCCUGGGACAACUCUUGGAAUUUUGCGAAUUGGUGGAAUUUUGUCAGCCAAGGCAAAGAUGUAUGACACUCCAGGGCUCCUACAUUCUUAUUUAAUGUCUAUGAGAUUGAACAGGGAAGAGCAGAAGAUGGUUGAAAUACGAAAGGAGCUAAAACCUCGGACAUACAGAGUUAAGGUAGGACAGGCUGUCCAUGUUGGUGGCUUGAUGAGACUGGAUCUAAAUUAUGCUUCAGUGCAAACAAUUUAUGUUACAAUUUGGGCAUCGCCGAAUGUUUCUCUACACUUGGGAAAGGCUGAAAAUGCUGAUGAGAUAUGGAAGAACCAUGUGGGUAUCAGGUUGCAGGUAAACAUUUCGCCCAUCGGUGAAGACCGAGCUUCUGAAUUAGGGGAAUGGCAAGAGAGGGAAAUUAAAGUGUGUGGAAGUAGUUGGGAUGUAAAUAGCAUCGACAUUGCAGCAGCUGGAUUAGGUUGGUUCUCCUUGGGUCUCAAGGGUGAGGCAACUUUGGCAUUAUGGACAUAUGAUGGCAUUGCGAUAACCUUGAGAGAGCCGUUAGUCCUCGACAGGGCACCGUUUCUCGAAAGACCUGGAUUUUGGCUACCAAAAGCAGUAUCCGAUGCCAUUGGCAACCAAGGUAAAGUUGAAUCCCAGAAAAGGAAAAAUAUGAGGAAUGUAUGGGCUACCCCUCCCUCUGAGGUUUCUGCUUGAAGUGAAAUCAAACUAGAGUCGAAUUUUGCUUGUAUUCGUGUUGGUGAAUGUAAUAGGCUCGGGGAAUUUCAUCCUUGCUCAUCAAAACUGUUGGAAUCCAAUUCUCCAAAAGCUUAGCUACAAAAAUCUUUAUAUUUAU